UCUGUCUCUCUCUCUCUCAAUGUAAUUUCCCUCUUUCACAACUUACUGUUCCCUUUCAAACGCUUUCAAAAGCAGCAACUUCCCCAUGACCACCAUGUUAUGCGCAUCUCAUUCUCAUUCCCUUCAUUUUCCAUAGCCUUCAUUGCACACUCUGUUUUUGCCCUUUCUCUUUUUUAUUUUCAUUUUAAGCUUGCUUAGCCAUUGAUGGAGUCCAUUGGCAAAUCAAUGAAGCACCACAAUCAAAAGAGCAGUCUUCAGAGGCUGAGAUGCUCUGUUCAGAACUAUGACUGGGGGAAGAGAGGCACAGACUCUCUGGUGGCUAGGCUAUCUGCUCUCAAUUCUUCCUCUGAAAUUGACCCAGAAAAGCCUUAUGCUGAAAUUUGGAUGGGAACCCAUGAGUCUGGACCUUCUUUUUUGAUUCAAAAUGGGGAUGAGAAUAAUGGGUUUUUGUCAAUUGGGUCUGAGAGUUUGAGUCUCAAAGAUUGGGUUUUGGAAAACCCAAAGGUGCUUGGUGAGAAGGUGGUUCAAAAAUGGGGCUCUGACUUGCCUUUCUUGUUUAAGGUGCUUUCUGUGGCAAAGGCAUUGUCAAUACAGGCACACCCAGAUAAGGAAUUGGCUAAGGUUUUGCAUAAGUUUAUGCCAAAUCUUUACAAGGAUGCCAAUCACAAGCCUGAGAUGGCCUUGGCUGUUACACAUUUUGAGGCUCUUUGUGGUUUCAUCAGUCUUGAGGAGCUUAAAGUUGUGCUUGAUAAUGUUCCUGAGAUUGAGGAACUGGUUGGUAGUGAAGAUGCAAACAAAGUCUUUGACAUUACUGAUCGAGAUGAUGAGAAUAAAGUAACGUCUGUUCUGCGUUCAAUUUUCACCCACCUCAUGUCAGCUAGCAAAGAGAUGAUAACUACAAUAAUCACUAAAAUGAAAAAUCGUUUACGCAUCGAAAGUCAGGGGAGACUCUUGACAGAAAAGGAACAGCUGGUGUUGCAGUUGGAAAGGCAAUAUCCAGCUGACGUGGGUGUUAUAUCUGCCUUCUUUUUGAACCAUGUGAAUCUUAAGCCUGGAGAAGCACUAUAUAUUGGAGCGAAUGAACCUCAUGCCUAUAUUUUCGGCGAGUGCAUUGAGUGUAUGGCAACCUCAGACAAUGUAGUGAGGGCUGGCCUAACUCCUAAGCAUAUGGAUGUUAACACCCUUUGUUCUAUGCUCACAUACAAGCAGGGCUAUCCUAAAAUCCUGCAAGGAGUUGCUUUAGGUCCUUAUGUAACAAGGUACCUACCCCCUUUCGAUGAAUUUGAGGUCGAUUGCUGUCAGCUUCCCCAGGGAGAAUCAGCAGAGUUCCCUGCAGUCCCAGGUCCUUCCAUUUUUGUGGUCACUUUUGGGGAGGGAAUCAUAUAUGCAAGUGAUCUUAAAGGAGAUAUAAUUACAGAAGGAGAUGUUCUCUUUGCACCUGCUAACACUCAGAUUAGCAUAACAAGUGCAUCUCAGUUGCAGAUAUACAGAGCAGGAGUGAACAGCAUGUUCUUUCAAGCCUCAUAAAUUUCAUUACAGCUGCUGCACAUCUUAGCUUUAGUGCAAGCAAAUAAUUUAUUAUUUUUUGCAUUUUUUUCACAAUAAAUGUAUUUCUGUUAUUCUGUAAUAUUAGCAUUGCCAUGUAAAUGCAUGUGCAAUGAAAUAAGUGAAAAAAA